AUGAUGUUUCCCUUGGUCAGAAAUGCACUAAGUAGUCUCAGGAUUCGAAGCAUUCAGCAAAUUAGGGCAAGACAGAGCCACUCAAAACACUCACCAGAUUUUCAUGACAAGUACGGUGAUAUUCUACUAGCCAGCGGAACCGCUUUCUGUGUUGUUGUGUGGGUGUUCACAGCCACACAGGUUGGAAUAGAAUGGAACCCCUCCCCUGUUGGCAGAGCCACCCCAAAAGAGUGGAAUGAUGAGUAA